AUGAGUCGCCCGCCAUCAACUCCAAUCAAAAAUACAGUCAAAAAAUGGAAACCUCCAUGGGAAGAGGACGAUGUAGAAGAGGAAGUAGAAGAGAUGGAAGUAGAUUCAGUCGAGAACACAAACCCGUCUUUGAAACGAAAAGAGGUUGAGCCAGUUGAAAAGAAAACACCAAUUUUGAAAAAGAAAUCACGAGAUCCAUCGCCGAAGAAAACUGUGGCGAAAAAGGAAGAGGAAAAACCGACACCAUCUCCUGCACCCAUCAAAAAUCCACCAAAGAAGUGGAGACCGCCUUGGGAAGAAGAUGAGGAAGAGACAGAGCCGGUGAAAGCACCUGAACCGGAGCAGAAGAAAACACCAGUGUUGAAGAAGAAAGAGCCAGCUCCAACAAAAACUGAUUCUGUCAAAGAGCCGGAAGCUAAGAAAACUCCAACCUUAAAACGAAAAGAACCACGUGAUGCUUCACCGAAAAAAGUUGUUGAUAAACCAACACCAUCUCCAGCUCCGGUGAAAAAUCCAACAAAAAAAUGGAAACCUCCAUGGGAAGAGGAUGAAGAAGACACAGAGCCGGUCAAAGUUUCCGAGCCUGAGCCAAAGAAAACACCAGUCUUGAAGAAAAAAGAUCUGACUCCUGCCAAGACCCCAGAAACCAAAAAAGAAGUUCCAAAAAUCAAUGAACCUGUCAAAGCGAAAUCAAGAGACCCCUCUCCAAAAAAGGUUGCUCCAAAAGUUGAAGACAAGCCAACACCAUCUCCAGCUCCAGUCAAAAAUCCAACAAAAAAAUGGAGACCACCCUGGGAGGAAGAUGAAGAAGAGCCUGAGCCCGUGAAAGUUUCUGAGCCUGAGCCGAAGAAAACUCCAGUUUUGAAGAAAAAGGAGCCAACCAAAGCAGAACCAGCUACCAAGACUAAGCCAAGAGAUCCAUCGCCGAAAAAAACUGUUCCUAAGAUUGAAGAAACAAAAAAAGCAGAACCCAGCAAGCCUACUGAUAAAACUGCACCGCCACCAACCCCAGUUAAAAAUCCGACUAAAAAAUGGAAACCUCCAUGGGAGGAAGAUGAGGAAGAACCAGAGCCUGUGAAAAUUUCCGAGCCUGAGCCGAAGAAAACUCCUGUUCUCAAAAGAAAAGAACCUGCUGCCACAGACAAGCCGAAAUCAAGAGAUCCCUCUCCGAAAAAGACAGUCCCAAAGAUCGAAGAACCGAAAAAAUCUGAACCUACAAAACCUGCUGAUAAAAUAGCACCCCCACCAACGCCAGUGAAAAAUCCGACUAAAAAAUGGAAACCUCCAUGGGAAGAAGAUGAAGAAGAACCUGAGCCUGUGAAAAUUUCAGAACCUGAGCCCAAGAAAACACCAGUUUUGAAGAAAAAAGAACCAGCACCAGUCAAAACGGAGCCUGCAAAAGCUUCUGAGCCUAAAAAGGAAGUUCCAAAGGUGAAAGAGCCUGCCAAACCGAAAGCUAGAGAUCCCUCUCCAAAAAAAGUUGCUCCGAAGAAAGAGGAGGAAAAACCAGCUCCGUCACCAGCUCCAAUCAAAAACCCACCAAAGAAAUGGAGACCACCAUGGGAGGAAGAUGAAGAGGAGCCUGAACCAGUGAAAGUUUCCGAGCCUGAGCCCAAGAAAACACCAGUUUUAAAGAAAAAGGAGCCAACACCUACCAAAGCAGAACCAGCUACCAAGACCAAGCCAAGAGAUCCAUCUCCGAAAAAAACUGUUCCUAAGAUUGAAGAACCAAAAAAAUCUGAACCCAGCAAGCCUGCGGAUAAAACUGCACCUCCUCCUACGCCAGUCAAAAAUCCAACGAAAAAAUGGAGACCACCCUGGGAGGAAGAUGAAGAGGAGCCUGAGCCUGUGAAAGUUGCGGAGCCUGAGCCGAAGAAAACUCCAGUGCUAAAGAAAAAAGAUCCAACUCCUGCCAAGAUCCCAGAAAACAAAAAAGAAGUUCCAAAAAUUAAUGAGCCUGUGAAACCAAAGACAAGAGAUCCCUCUCCAAAAAAGGUUGCUCCAAAAGUUGAAGACAAGCCAACACCAUCUCCAGCUCCAGUGAAAAAUCCAACAAAAAAAUGGAGACCACCCUGGGAGGAAGAUGAAGAAGAGCCUGAGCCCGUGAAAGUUUCUGAGCCUGAGCCGAAGAAAACUCCAGUGCUAAAGAAAAAAGAACCUGCAGCAACUGACAAGCCUAAAUCAAGAGAUCCCUCUCCGAAAAAAACAGUCCCGAAGAUCGAAGAACCGAAAAAAUCAGAACCUACAAAACCUGCAGAUAAAAUUGCACCGCCACCAACGCCAGUCAAAAAUCCGACUAAAAAAUGGAGGCCACCAUGGGAAGAAGAUGAGGAAGAACCUGAGCCUGUGAAAGUUUCUGAGCCGGAACCCAAGAAAACACCAGUCUUGAAGAAAAAAGAACCAACACCAGUUAAAACUGAGCCUGCGAAAGUUUCUGAGCCUAAAAAGGAAGUUCCAAAGAUCAAUGAGCCUGUCAAACCAAAAGCUAGAGAUCCUUCCCCUAAAAAGGUCACUCCGAAACAGGUAGAUAAACCAACACCUUCGCCUGCGCCUGUGAAAAAUCCGACCAAAAAGUGGAGACCACCUUGGGAGGAAGAUGAAGAAGAACCUGAGCCUGUGAAAGUUGUGGAGCCUGAGCCCAAGAAAACACCAGUUUUAAAGAAAAAAGAGCCAACACCAGUCAAAACGGAGCCUGCCAAAACUACUGAGCCUGUCAAAUCGAAAGCAAGAGAUCCCUCUCCAAAAAAAGUUGCCCCAAAGAAAGAGGAGGAAAAACCAGCUCCGUCACCAGCUCCAAUCAAAAAUCCACCAAAGAAAUGGAGACCACCCUGGGAAGAAGAUGAGGAAGAGCCUGAAGAAGUUCCAGAGCCGGUAGUUCCGAAAAAGCAACCUACGUUGAGCAAGAAACCAGCUGGCAAACCAGAUUCUGAUGAUCCGGCAGAUAAAGUCAGUGCUCCAACAUCAAAAGAUCCCAAGCUCGCCAAAAAGGCACCUACCAAGCCAGCAGAAACUCCAAAAGCUGUUGAACCACCGAAAUCUGAUAAACCAAAAAAGUUCAAACCUCCAUGGGAAGACGAUCCCGAUGAGCCUGAAGCCGAUUUCACGGUACCUGCUCCCAAAAAACCAGACUCCGAAGAUCCCGCAGAUUCAUUGGGCGGUCCGAAACCGAAAGAUCCCAAGCUCGCCAAAAAGGCACCUGCUAAAGAACCAGACACUGACUCUCCAGCAGAGCCGGUUAGUGCUCCAAAACCUAAAGAUCCCAAGCUUGCUAAAAAAGCACCUACCAAGCCUGCCGAAACACCAAAAGUAGCUGAUCCACCGAAAUCUGAUAAGCCUAAAAAGUUCAAACCACCAUGGGAAGAUGAUCCUGAUGAGCCUGAAGCGGAUUUUACUGUUCCUGCUCCCAAAAAACCAGACUCCGAAGAUCCUGCAGAUUCAUUGGGCGGUCCAAAACCAAAAGAUCCCAAGCUCGCCAAGAAAGCACCAACAAAGCCAGCCGAAACUCCAAAAGCCGUUGAACCACCGAAAACUGAUAAACCCAAGAAGUUCAAACCGCCAUGGGAGGAUGACCCAGAUGAGCCUGAAGUCGAUUUCACGGUACCUGCUCCCAAAAAACCAGACUCCGAAGAUCCCGCAGAUCCCUUAGGUGGACCAAAGAAAAAAGAUCCGAAACUGGCUAAAAAAGCACCAACAAAACCGACAGAAACACCGAAAGCUGCCGACCCGCCGAAAUCUGAUAAGCCCAAAAAGUUCAAACCUCCAUGGGAAGAUGAUCCAGAUGAGCCUGAGGCUGAUUUCACUAUGCCUGCUCCAACAAAACCAAUUGACCCACCAAAAUCAGACAAGCCGAAGAAAUUCAAACCACCUUGGGAAGACGAUCCGGAUGAGCCUGAGGCUGAUUUCACUGUUCCUGCUCCCAAAAAACCAGAUACUGAAGAUCCCGCAGAUCCUUUAGGUGGGCCGAAGAAAAAAGAUCCGAAACUCGCCAAGAAAGCACCUUCUAAAAAACCAGAUACUGAUUCUCCAGCAGAGCCGGUUAGUGCUCCAAAACCGAAAGAUCCCAAGCUUGCUAAAAAAGCACCAACAAAGCCUGACGAAACUCCAAAAGCAGCUGAUCCACCGAAAUCUGAUAAGCCUAAAAAGUUCAAACCGCCAUGGGAGGAUGACCCAGAUGAACCCGAAGAGCCUGAGGCUGAUUUCACUAUGCCUGCUCCAACAAAACCAAUUGAUCCACCAAAGUCAGACAAACCGAAGAAGUUCAAGCCUCCAUGGGAAGAUGAUCCUGAUGAGCCAGAAGCUGAUUUUACAAUGCCUGCUCCAAAGAAACCUGACUCCGAAGAUCCCGCAGAUCCCUUAGGUGGACCGAAGAAAAAAGAUCCGAAACUCGCCAAGAAAUCACCUUCUAAAAAACCAGAUACUGAUUCUCCAGCAGAACCGGUUAGUGCUCCAAAGCCAAAAGAUCCUAAGCUUGCUAAAAAAGCACCAACAAAGCCAGCAGAAACACCAAAAGCAGCUGAUCCACCGAAAUCAGACAAACCUAAGAAAUUCAAACCUCCAUGGGAAGACGAUCCUGAUGAACCCGAAGAGCCUGAAGCCGAUUUCACCAUGCCUGCACCCAAAAAACCAGAUUCUGAAGAUCCCGCAGAUCCCUUAGGUGGACCGAAGAAAAAAGAUCCUAAACUGGCCAAGAAAGCACCUACCAAGCCAGCCGAAACUCCAAAAGCAGCUGAUCCACCAAAACCUGAUAAACCUAAAAAGUUUAAACCGCCAUGGGAAGAUGAUCCUGAUGAACCCGAAGAGCCUGAAGCAGAUUUCACAAUGCCUGUUCCAAAGAAACCAGACUCCGAAGAUCCCGCAGAACCAUUAGGUGGACCGAAGAAAAAAGAUCCCAAACUGGCCAAGAAAGCUCCAGCAAAACCAGACGAAAAACCAAAAGACGAACCAACCAAACCAAAGAAGUUCAAACCGCCAUGGGAGGAUGACCCAGAUGAGGAACCUGAAGCUGAUUUCACAAUGCCUGCUCCGAAGAAACCUGACUCCGAAGAUCCCGCAGAUCCCUUAGGUGGGCCGAAGAAAAAAGAUCCGAAAUUGGCCAAGAAAGCUCCAGCAAAACCAGAAGAAAAACCGAAUGAUGCAAAACCGAAAAAGUUCAGGCCUCCAUGGGAAGAAGACCCCGAUGAGGAACCUGAAGCUGAUUUCACAGUUCAAGCACCUGAAGAUGAAGAUGUUGAUGACGAAGAGCCUGAAGAUGAACCAGAGGAAGACUCACCAACAAAACCAAAGAAACACAAAAAACGACCAAAGAAAAGGAAACAUCCGAAAAAGAAGCCAACAGAGCCAGAAGCUGAAUUCACAGUCCCCGAAGUUCCAAAAGAACCCGAAGAACCGAAAAUGCCCAAAUGGGUUGCACCAAUCAAACCACAAGAAGAGCCAAUUCCUAUGCCACCUAAAGAAAAAACAAUCGCAGAGAGAAAUAAGGAAGAACGAAUACCGCCAACGUUAAGAUAUGCCAAAAAACCAAGACAACUGUAAGUUUUCUAAAACUUUUGAGUGAAUCAUUUUCAAAAUUAUAUGUUUUUUUAGAGAUGUAAAUAUACCAUUCGUAAUUCCUUGGGAACAAAGUGCAGCAUUGAUUACUCAAGAAGGAAUGGGUGCUUUCGGUAAAUCUCGAGAUGCUAACGUUGGAGUCGAUUUUGGCGCAAAGCCAUUGGUGCAAGGAACUGUCGAUUCAAAAACUGUUAUUCCACUUUGGAAUGAUGAAUCCAAAUGUGCAAAUAGUUGUGGAAUGACGCCAAUUGGCGGAAAACGAUUGACAGUUGAGGGUAUUGUUGAUAAUCACGAUUAUAAAACGAAAAAUGUAAGUUGACAUGAGCAAUAAAUCAAAGAAGGGCAAAGUCCAAUGUUUUCAGGAUAAUCAAAGUGAAUGUGUUAUUCCUUUGAUCAAUAAAGGAUGUAUAUCUCAUCAACACGGAGAUUUUGGAAUUCUACGGUUACAGGUGAGUCACUGUGUUAUCAAUUCCAAAUGUAGUGUGGUCUUAGGUUUUGAUUUUUGAUUCAUUCUGCAGAACAUUUCGAAAGUGAAAAUGCAAAAUUUCAAUGUGAGAAAGAACGUUAUCAAUAUUCUGAACAAUUAAGAAACAGAAAUAAAAAUGAACAUUCAAAGAGACGAAGUUUCAACAUUAACCUUAACUAAACAAAUUUAACUAACCUACACGAAGAAAACAAAAAAAUAGAUAAAAAUAGUAAGGAAAUCAUUGGAUAACUAUAAAACAAAUUAACGAAAACAUGUGCAUCUAUUCAUUUGCAAAAAAACACGAAAAUAAUGUAUUUUUUUACAAUAUUUUUCUAUUCACCAAAAUCACAAAUUGUCGCGAAAUACAUGCAAUCGUGACGAGACCAACACUCAUUUCAAGGCAACGAGUGUGAAAAAUGCAUGCUUUCGAAAAUUUCAUUUCUUGUUUUUUUUCUCGCAUCUUUUUCUCCUUGAAAUGUGUGUGGGUCUCGUCACGAUUCACAUUUAUUUCGUGCAUUUUGGUGAAUAGAAAAAUAUUGUAAAAAAAUACAUUUUUUUCGGUUUUUUUCGCAAAUGAAUAGAUGCAAUGAAGAAAAGGGGAUGCAAUAUUAGAGCAGGUGAGAGAGUGUGGAAAAUGAGGAGAAAUUAGAGAGAGGAAGGAGACGUACUAUAUUUUGUAAAAGUAAAUUAUUGAUCGAGUCAAGAAAAAUGUGGUGGAUAUACAGCAGAUAUUAUUUUUUUUUAGAUAAAUAUGUUUUUUUAAUGAAUUUUUAUUUUAUCGUAAUAUUUAACAGUUUGCUGUUUUAUUCUUUUUUAGGGGCAUAUAACUUUCCGUUUUUUUUGUGACUAUCUCAAAUCUGUUUUAUUGUAUAGUAAAUUUGAUUAUUUAUUUCAUUUUUGAAUUAUCUUUAAUUCAAGAGAAGAUAUUUUUCAAUCUUGCUCUACCACAAAAAAAUGCGAAGCAAUGAUCCAAAUUAUGUUCUGCGUAAUUUAAUUUAUGAUUUCACAAGCAGUUUUUCUUUUAUAAUUUUACUUGGUUUCUAAAUAUUUCACCUAUUUUUUUUAGAAAUUUCUUGAAAUUGUUUGAAAUUUUUCUUCAUUUCUAGAAUUAUGAUAAAAGUUAGAUUCACUUGUAAAUUUUCUACCAUUGAAAAAUCUAUUUUGAAGUUUUUGAUAUGUUGAACAUCUUUUGUGAUAUGUAUGUGAAUAAUUUUUUAGAAAACAAGGCUGAGAUCCAUACAAAAUUCAAUUUUCAUAGAUCAAAAUGUCACAAUUCUCAAAAUUUUUCACAUAGCCAUAAAAAUCUCCCCCAUACACUUUUCAAAGAAAAACUACUUAUUCUCCAAAUCGGAACAAGAUACACAUAUAUUUCCUUCCAAAACCAUUUUCUCAUUUUUUUUCCAGACGGCCAACGUAAAGUACAAAGAUGAUUGGAAACCAGGCAUGUCAAAUGAUUCACACGGGUUCAUUUCCCGUCAAUUUGUGUCGAACAGCAAAGAGAAAGCUGGAAGUCAUAUACUUGAUAAGCGAAGAAAUGUGGUAUGUUUUUUCUCGAUUCUCAAAAAAUACACGUCAUUUUUAAUCGACAGAAAAAUGUAUGUGUAUUGUGUAAGGAGAUAGCGUUUUCAAAAAAUUAAUUUUUUUUUCUGACUGAUAAAUUUUUUGCGUAUGCAAAAUUUUACGCUUUUUUUUGGAAACAAAGGAAAGAAUCAGAAAUCAGACAAUGAAAAAUGUGAGUGGAGGAGUUUUUGAACUUCUGAAUUUUUUUGAAGAAUUUGUGGGAUGAUCCAAAAAUAAUUUUACACGGGUUUAUGAAAAAUAUUAUAGAAAAAUGUUUCUAGUUCAAUUUUAUUCAGAUUUCGGAUGCACUACCACAAUCAAAAGAAUGCGAAGCGAUGAUUCCAAUGAUGUUCGAUGGUCGAUCAGUUGAAGUUCGAGAAGGAAGUGAAUUCGGUUCAUUCCGUCCACUAGUCGCAAAAUCCACAGGUGGUUAUAUAAUGUCAUAUGAAGAUGAAUUGAAAUGUCGAAAUAUGGUGCCUUUCCAGGUAAUUAUUUUUUGUUUUACCUAUACAUCAAAAAACAUAGUAAUAUUUCAGACUGCUCCAUCGUUAGUUGCCUAA